AUGGCGGCCGCUGCCUUGGACCAGCUGAGAUCUAUCUUUCCCGAUGAUAGUACCGAUAAAGUGGUGAUCAAUGAGUCCGCUGACAAGUACCAAGCUGCCGUGACCUGCCCUUGGUCACAGACUUGCUGGACUCCUGCGGCCGCAUAUGUCUACCUCAGUACUGUUCAGGAGCUAACCAAAGCCCUGGCUAUUGUACAAGAGACUGGUACCAAGUUCGCUGUCCGCACGACCGGCCAUAACCCGAAUGCAGGAUUCAGUAGUGCCGGUGAAGCAGCAGUGGUGUUAGAUAUCAGGCAGCUUAGGUCCAAAGAACUACUCUCUGAUCAAGGGACUGCACGCUUUGGGUCGGGAAAUACCUGGGGUGAGGUAUAUGCUUGGUUGGAGGAGCGAGGACUAUCGGCCAUUGGGGGGAGGGAUUCCCAAGUAGGACUAGGAGGCUUUCUCUUAGGGGGAGGUAUGGGGGCUUUGCCUAAUCUUUAUGGACUCGGCGCUGAUGGUGUGAAGAACUUUGAAAUCUUACUAGCAGAUGGCCGCCUCGUCAAUGCUAAUAGAAAUGAGAACUCCGAUCUCUACCGUGCCCUGAAGGGUGGUGGCUCUAAUUUUGGUAUUACGACUAAUUUCACUAUCACAACAGGUAUUGUGACACGGUUUGAUCUUGAAACUCACCCUUUGAUAAAGGUUCAAUAUACCAUCAACCUCUAUAAUCCUGAGGAUUAUGUGGCAAUCAACCAGGCUACUUUCGAAGUUCAACAAACUAUGGAGGAAGAUCCUAGGAUUGGGCUGUUCACCAAUUUCAAUAACGGCUUUGUUGCAGUAGGCCUACUCUAUGGAGACCAUCCAGCUGAGUCUGAGGCCCGAGAAACUUUUAAGCCGUUUCACAACCUCAAAAGCCUGAUGACAACAGUCCUACCCUCUACGAAUGGCACCCUUUUAUCUCUAGCUCAAGCUAUGGGCCAUGCCCAGACAUCCCUCAAACGGGCUAUUUGUACAGUUACCACCCGAAACUCAACUGCGCUUUACGACGAAGUGUAUAAAGCCUGGGUAGAGGUCCGUAAGACCCUUCCAGCUGAUACUGUCCUACAUUAUACCAUUCAGCCCUUUGGUAAAGCUGCUGUUCAAGCUGGUAAAGAACGUGGUGAGAAUAUCAUGGGCCACGAGAGUGUUCCACAAUGCUGGUGGGUUUUCACCUGUGAAUGGCCUAAAGAUGGCGAUGAUGCUGCUGCACAAAGUGCCGUGGAUAUCAUGUCUGAAAAAGUACAGUACCUGGCCAAGGACAAAGGCCUCCUUCUGGAUUUCAAGUGUAUGAGCUUUGCUACCGCUUCGCAGAGGGUUCUGGGCAGCUACGGGGUCGAUAAUAUUAAGCGGAUGCAGGAGGUAGCGGCCAAGUAUGACCCUGAAGGUGUUUUCCAGAAGCUGCAGAAUGGUGGCUUUCUUCUACGCGACAAUGUCUAG